GAUUGUUUACAGAGUUUGAACGUAUUAUAAACCGUCAUACGCAUUUAGUCAUCAGACCAUGUUUGUCACGAAGAAAUUCGCCCUUUUCAUUGUGUCCGCCGCCUUUUUGGCAUCCUCCGUUAGUGCUGGAGGCGUGCGCGGUGUCCCAACCGAGGACUCAGCACCCGCCAAUCAUGGGUGGGGUAGAGAACUGAAGAAGGAUCAAAACAAACCAAACAAAAAUCAGAACAAUCCUGCGGUCGUUACGAGGCCUGCACUACCACCACCUCCAACCUCGCCUCCUGUUCCUAACCCCAUCGAUGUUCUUGUAGGCAAAUGCAGCAACCCAACCUUGACCAGUUGCAUACUCAGGAACGGCGCCAACGAGAGAGUAUGCUUCACUUGUCUUUAUUCCAUUUCCCGAUUGUCAUCGGCCGGCGAUUCCGCUGUCGCUAACUGUGGCAGAAGCCAAUGCGGUGGUUGCGUCAACGAAGCGAGAGACACAUUCGGAUGCGCUACAGGAGGUAGUGCGCCAGCCCCAGUUACAACUCCAGGUGUGCCAGCUCCUGUUUCUGUUUCAAGCCCCGUGCCAGCUCCCGUGCCAGCUCUCGUGCCAGCUCCCGUGCCAGCUCCAGUUCUUGAGGAGAUUGAAACCUUCGAUUUUACCACCCAGGGAUGUCCCGCUCUAAAGCCAGUAAGCGGAGCUGUUUGCUCUGUACCUGCGCCGUUCCAGUUCCAACAAUGCGACUACCCAACGGGAUCAGGUGUAGGAGUACGGUGCAUGUGUGCCUAUGGGCAGUUCAUUUGCAACCCUGCAGCUAUUUCACCUACUCCAGCACCGGUGCCUGCCCCUACCGCUCCCACCCCUCCGGUUGCUGCACCUCCUGGAGUUUGUUCUCCAACUUUGCCUAACAGUGGCGACACCUGUUCCACUGGAGGUGCCCCUUUCGUCACAUGCUGCUACACCGGAAUCAGCAACAAGCCAGCCAAUUAUGCUCAUAUUUGCAACUGCCUCAGUGGCGAAAACAGAUACAUCUGCAACGGUGGCGUUUCUAGCCAGUGCACUAGUGUCAUCAAUGCAGUUGCUUCUUCUCCGGUUCCGGUUCCGGUUCCGGCUCCGGUUCCGGCCCCUAUCGCCACCAUGCCCACUCCGUCUCUGGUUAACGCUCCCGCACCGACCGGCUCAAGCUCUUCCAUUCCCGAAUUCUGCCGAGCCCUGCCUGGUGUUCCCAAGGAUGGCGAAUCCUGUGCAGGUGUCUUGCCCGCAGGAAUGGCAAGCGGAGGCUGCGGAGGAGAAAUCAUCGAAACAGAUAACAUGAACGUAACUACGGUGACAAAUGCUGCAUGCACCUGCACUGCCACCGAUCCUGCACCUGCGUGGUCGUGUGUGAAGAUUAGUGCCAUCGCUCCUCCAAGUUCAGGAUGCCCUCCCCAAGCUUCCCCACCCAAUACUGGCGACUCUUGCGCCACAGUCUUGCCAGCAGACUCCUUCUUGACCUCAGUGGAAUGCAAAUACUCCAAGACAGUCACGGACAGCAGCCAACUCUCCACAACCACCGAAAAAUUCUGCACCUGCGAGAAAGCUACGCAAAUCUUCACUUGCACCGAUACUGAAUCGCAACUCAUUCCUCCUGUCUCUAUCGAAGCCCCAGCCGACCCUGCUCCAGCCGAUCCAGCCCCUGCGGAUCCAGCACCCGCUGACCCCGCCCCAGCCGAUCCAGCAGCGCCUGCUGCCUCCUCUCCGACCAUCGUCCAGGACGGUUGCCCCUCUACAAUUACAUCGGGUACUCCCUGCAAAGCCUUCAUCCCUGCUGGUGCGAACGAACAGUCUUGUAUGACUUCUUUGACCACGCAGUGUGAUUGCCCAGGUCAAGAAUCUGCCGAUCCCGUGUGGACGUGCCGCACUGUCCCUUAAUCUUGUCGAGGGAAGGACGGGGGCCAUCAAACAUUCAACAAUGAUAAGUGUCGAGAUGACUGAUAUCCCUCGAAUAUUCUCGAAACGAUGACAGAAGAAGAUGAGUGAUUGUGUCAAAAAAUAUACAAAAUCAAA